AUGCUUACUUCCCGCUUUAUCUACGUUAUUGCCCUGGCUCUUGGCGUCAUCGCCGCGCCACUUGAUGCCACUUCCCCUGAGGCUGUCGUCGUCCGUGGCGAAGGCAACACCGAUGCUUGCGCCGAAACGGAGAAGCGUGACCAGGAUACCUUUUACAUCACUGGAUGCUAA